UGUAUAAUUAAGAUUAAUGUUUUUUUUUUUUGUACUUUUAAUUCUAGGCGAACACAGGCCGAUUUAAAAUUCCCCGAAUUUAGUGAGAUUUUCUUACGAUUAUCCUUGAAGGAAUAUAUAAAUGUAAAUAACAAUUUUUCAUCGAUUUUACAACUUUAUCGAAAACUGUUAGUUUUAUAUUAUUGUGAAAAGUAUCCGUCAUUAAGUGAUGUUAGCCGCAUUAUGCAGAGUAUUUUUACUUCCAAUGAUUUAAUUGCAAUUUUAAAUGAACGUAAUACCUUGUUAGAUGAAUGGCAAAAUUUUGUUCAAGGCAAUUCAUCAAAUAAUGACACAGAUACUUCAGAUAUUCAAUAUGAAGAACAGGUGCAGAAUGUACUCCAAACCGAAGUUGAUUAA